AUGAAUGUGUUGUUACAGGGAUCAGUGACAUUCCAGGAUGUGGCUGUGGACUUCACCCCAGAGGAGUGGCAGCUGCUGGGAUGUGCUCAGAGGAAAAUGUGUUGGAAUGUGAUGCUGGAGAACUUUAGAAACCUCAUCUCACAUACAAGAAAAAAGACUUUUGGAUGCAGUGAAUGUGGGAAAGCCUUCCAAAAGAAGUCUCAUCUCAUUAGACAUGAAAAAAAGCAUACAAGGAAAAAAAAAACCUUUGAAUGCAAUGACUGUGGGAAAGCCUUUAACAGUAAGGGACACCUGGCAGUUCACCAAAAAAUUCAUAGUGGAGAGAGACCCUUUGUGUUCAGUGAUUGUGGGAAAGCAUUUAUGCAUAAAGCACAACUCAUGGUCCACCAGAGACUUCACAGUGGAGAGAAGCCUUAUGAAUGCAGUCAGUGCAGGAAAUCAUUCACUUGGAACACCUCUUUUACUCAAGAUGUGAAAUCUCAUACACUUGAGAACUUAUUUGAAUGUAAGGAAUGUGGGAAAACCUUCAAGUGCAGUUCAUCUCUUUAUAAACAUUCUAGGUUUCAUACAGGAGAAAAACCAUAUAGAUGUAGAGAAUGUGGCAAAGCCUUUGCAGACUCAUCAGUGCUUGUCAUGCAUCAGAGAAUUCAUACAGGUGAGAAACCCCAUGGGUGUACUGAAUGUGGCAAAGCCUUCAUCAAGAAGUCACCUCUCCUUAAACAUUACUUAACCCAUGCAGCAGAGCAACAAAACAAAUGCAACAUAUAUGGGAAAUCUUUUAACAAGAAGACACAUCUCAUUCUCCAUCAAAGAAGUCAUAAAAACAUGGAAGCUUUGUGAAUGUG